CUCCCGGGAGGGACCCAAAGGCGCCCCGACGGCGCAUGCUCCCGCUCGGGCGGGCCGCUCGGCUCACCUAAGCCGGUCUUGCCUGCGUGCGUGGCGUUCGCGGAGCCCGGCGAACGGGUCGCGAGAACCUGGAGGCAAUCGGGGCUGGGAGGCAACGGCCGCCAGGCGGCACCGCGCCAACACUGCCGCCCAGGCCUCACGUCUGACACGAACAGCGCGCGCCGCCACAAACCGAGCCGGCGCCCCAGCCAAUGGGCGCCGNGCUGCGAGUGACCACGCCCACCGCCCCCUCGCACGUAAAGGGAGUCUCUGGCCGGGGCUCGCCGGCUACUGGCUUCUGAUUGGCUGGGGCGAGCAGUGGCCGCAGCAGGCGAGGCCGGUGUUCUUGUACUCGGGUGGGGGCCAGAAGCCGGCAGGACUGGAAGCGACACCCCAUCUCGGAAGACUCUUCAAGAAAUCACAAUGUCAACCAACACAGACCUUUCUCUCUCUUCAUACGAUGAAGGUCANGGGUCUAAGUUUAUUCGGAAAGCUAAGGAGACACCGUUUGUCCCGAUUGGAAUGGCGGGCUUUGCAGCGAUUGUUGCCUAUGGGUUGUACAAGCUGAAGAGCAGAGGAAAUACAAAGAUGUCCAUUCACUUGAUCCACAUGCGUGUAGCAGCCCAGGGCUUUGUUGUGGGGGCCAUGACUCUUGGUAUGGGCUACUCCAUGUAUCAGGAAUUCUGGGCCAAUCCUAAGCCUAAGCCUUAGAAGAGCUGGUGCCAUGGGAAGUGCUUACUUUAGUUAGACGUCUCAUAUUGAGGUUACGUGUUUGUAUCUACAAUAAAUAACAUGUGGGUUUAGACAAAACACAGUAUUGAAUAUUGGUUUACUUUCUUGUCAGCUUGAUUUGCCUGGUGACCAAAUUGUUAGUGACUGAUUCACUAACUAGGUCACUCAGGGUGUUAAGGUAACACAGAAGAAAUCUGUCACCUAAAAGUAGUUGGGCACAGUGUUUUCCUCACACCCUUGUGAUGAAAGUCAUUGUAAGAAGGGCAGCUGACAAUGCAGAUACACACACAGUAUGGGCAGACUAGGCCAUGCUUUGGGAGGGUAUCAGGAAAGAAUCCUGUUUGCCCUGGUUCGUUUAUUUUGUCUGCUUGUGGACUGACUUCAGAUCUUCAGGCUUUAAGGUUUGUUGGCUUCUGAAAACACUUUCCAAAGAGUCCACAAAAUAUAACUAGUUUAUAAAUCCCCUAUAACUAAGUAGGAGGGAGGGAGGAAGAGAGAGAGAGAGAGAGAGAGAGAGAGAGUGUGUGUGUGUGUGUGCAUGCACGUACAGCAACCUGGAAAGCUGUUAAGAGCUGCAGAGAGGCAGUGUUUAUUAAAAUCUGGUUUAUUAUAAACUGGUUGUGGGUUCUGGUUAAGCUCUUUUAUAAUUGCAAAGUUCUAUUUUUGCUGCUUGGUAGUAGGAUAAUUCUUAAACAUCUUUAAAUAGAGGUUUUUGUUUCUUUUUUGUGGUACUGGGCAUUACAUGCAGGGUCUCACAUAGGCCAAGCAAGUGCUGUACCACGGAGUUGAACCCUGGCAGCAGUAGGUACUGUAUGUUGUAAUACAAGGAUAAAGGAAAUGCAUGGCCUAGUGCAGGCAGUGUGUCUACUUCGUAAGAGCCGAGUCUAUUCAGGUAUCAAAAGUGAGAGGUCAACGGUGGGUGGGCUGGUGUGUCGAGACAUUACACACAAACUUGAAUAUACAGAAUGUUAAGUGCACUUUGAAAUCCAUGUCCAACCCAAACUCACAUUCCAUAGAGACAAGGUGUCGUAUGUAUUGUUAUUAAAAUACGUCUGAACAUAUCA